GGAGCUCGUAGAGAUCGCCGUCGCCAUGCCGUCUGCAUUUGGGAGACGGAGCAGCAAUGCGCAGAGCACGCUGAGUCAGGUCCCCACUUCGUCUUCGCUCUCGUCUGGCGCGUCCACCAUCCCGCUCCCGCCACAGCUGGGAAGUGGGGCCUACUCGAGCGAGGGUCUCUCUCCCUCGGUCUCGCCCUCGAUUGGCACAGGGGGUAGCAACCCGUUUGAACAGCAGCACGGCAAGCAGAAUCACCACCAUGCCCCCAGCACUGCUUCUUCGAGCACCUUUGCAAGCACCUUUGCCGGUGGUGCGAGCCUGACUGCUUCCACGAGCGGCUCCGCGGCCGAUGCCCAACUGCGAGAAACAAUGAUGCGCAGAAUCCGGACACUGGCCUAUUUGAAGCGCAUCUUUGCCGUCGAUGCCGGCCACCCCCCGCAGACGUGGCUCGACACGGUCCGGCUCACGCGCCGAGACCUCGACGGCUUGUAUGAGCCCAGCCGCACGGCCAAGCGUACGUCCAAAUACUUUACCCUCGGCUGCUCUCUGGCGCCUGUCCUCGAGCUCUCCCAGGGGCAAGACCUUGUCCGGGGCAUUAUCGCUGUCAUCAAUGACGUCGAGGCCGCAAGCGAGGGAGAGCACAAGGACAAGACCAAGAUGAAAAAUUUCUUCAAGAACAGCAUUUCUAGAGGAUCGAAAAGGGGCAAUACCAUGGGCAGCUUGGCCCCCGAUCUUGCGUCAAGCUUUGAAGGUGGUGCUUCGGGUAUUGGACCGGGAGGUACCAUGGCGGGCGACCUCAUCGGAGCGUCAGUGCCCUUUCAGCUCGACUUUUGUCAGACGAUGAUGUCGCUGUGCGAUAUCCUCUCCGAGGUCUACUACCGCUUCCUCUACUAUCUCGGACCAGCACCACCAUCGUCUGCAUUCAGUGCGAUGAGUGCAAGCGCAGUCUCCUUCAACUCAGACGCCUCUACCUCGCCCGCGGUCACAAUGAUGGGCAGCGACCCCGUCUCCACCCCGACGGCCGGCAUGGCCGACCUCAUCACCAAAGCCGACAGCAAGCUUAAGAAAUACAUCGGCCAAGUGACCAAGGAGCUCGACGGGCUGGCCCGUCAGGUGAUUCGCGAUGAAAUGUCGGCCCUCGACACGGUCAUGGCUCGAGAACCGAGUGGGCCUGGGCUGACGUCGCCUCCCCGAGACUGAGCACCCAGAGUCCCUUUGUCCUCUCUUUUUCCUCAAAUGUUACUGUACAGUAGUGUAUAUUUGCGCCAG